ACGUAUCUCACCAUCUACAAUAAAAAUAUAAUUUCGUUUCAGGAUAAAGACUUCUCAUGGCUUCUGAGGCUGUUUGGGCUGAAAAAAGAUCAAAUGCCGCAGAGCUUCGAUGACACAGAGUCUUGGGGGCGGGAAAGCAGACACCUGUUAGAGCAGGCAAACCAGGCCGACGCUCUCUUGCAGCUCAAACUCCUUUCAUUGGUGCAUGGGCGCGAGCUCACGACGUAUCGUAAGGCCUACUAUGUGAACAAGGACGGGGUGCUGAGGAGCUCCACUGCCCCCCGCCUGUCCGAUGACCCGUUCCUGAACACCGGCGUGCUGGUGAUAGGGCAGCCGUGUUCCCUGGGCCGCGGCAUCGACCACCUCCCCGCGUCCCUGGUGCUGCUCCCAGACUCCCAGACUCCUGUGGUUGACAUGCACCAGAGGGUAAGCCGCUCUUCACACUAACCUGAACACAUAUAUCUUGCUAUAUUUUUCCUUUCAAUGUUAGCAGCCGCUUUUAAGCGAUAUGGUAUUGUUAACGAUUGGGUGUGUGCUAUUGCCCCCCAAAAAUAGAAAUUUACUUUUACAUUAGGGGAUGAAAAAAGAAAUUGUUUCCCUUCGCUGGAAUCUCCAUCCUAGGAAAUUUCAAUGUUCACCACCAGCUCUGGCUUUCAUCCUAGCUCCUUCACUGACCAGACUAGUAAUCAAGCAUACAACUUUGCUCUCCUCAGUGACCUUGAGCAGUUGGUUAAACAUUCUACUCUUAUUCCCGACCGUCUUGGAGAGACGCCCAAUAUUCCAAACCUCUUCAUAAUCUCUCAUCCUUCACCUUUCUCUGUCAAGCUGUUCUCUCCGUUUGGGUCCUACGAUCACAACCUUAUUUCAGUAUUCUGUCCUAUCGCUCCUGUACAGCAUCUGGACCCACCGAAGAGGCGGUUCUUCUGGCAUUUUGCUUCAGCUCGGUGGGACGACUUGAGGAUAUACCUUUCAGAUUUCUCUUGGAAUGAUUACUGCUUCCAGGAGAGAGACCCCUCUGUGUGUGCCCAGCGCAACACUGAGGUGAUUGUCUCUCUUUCAUAAAUAGAAAAUGUCGCAACCUUGCUUUUUCUAAUUCUUCCAGAGACUUAUGGCACCUAGCCAAAAAUAUCUCCUCCAAGUUCACUACUUUCUUUCUCACCUUUCCUUAAUCCUGACAGCAGCACUGCCGUACCAUCUAUCUCUAUCUUCGCUCAAACUUUCUCUAAAAACUCCACUUGAGACGAUUAUGGGCAUAUUCCUCCUACUCAUGGUCCCUCUGACUCUA